AGUUAAGCUAGGUCAAUGUGUCCUUCCACACGUGUAGUGUAUUUCUUGUAGCGGCAGCAGGAGUCGUGAGGCUCACAGCGGUCCCUUUGGUCUUAAGCUUAAUUAUCCUGUUUCUAAAAAGCUUCUUAUAUCCACACAGUCAUGCUGAAAUCGGUUGUCCGCGCGGUGGGAGCGGCUGUUCGCCUUUCUUCAGCCGCUCCGUCAGCAGCGCGAGCCCUGCCGCUUAGCUGCCCGACGUUGCGCUCUCCAGCCUCGGCUACGAUUCGGCCGUUCACCCGCUCACUGUGGAUGUUGAAGAACAACGGAGCUUCGUCGGGAUACAGGCCCAAGCUGUUGAGCUCGAAAGUUUUAAAUCCGUCAGUAUCGUGUGGAUGUGGAGGACUACACACAGAAGGUGACAAAGCAUUUGGUGAGUUCCUGUCAGAUGAAAUCAAGGAAGAGAAGAAGAUCCAGAAGAACAAAUCUCUCCCUAAGAUGUCAGGAGGCUGGGAGCUGGAGAUGAACGGCACAGAGGCCAAACUCACAAGACAACUUUCUGGAGAAAAAAUCACCGUCACAUUCAACGUCAACAACAGUAUUCCUCCCAACUUUGAGGAGGAGGUGGAGCAGGGACAGCAGCAGAAAUCUCCUGAGGACGAGCCAGAAAUUGUGUCAACACCCAACUUUGUCAUUGAAGUUGCAAAACAGGGGGGCAAACACUCCCUUGUGUUUGACUGCCAUUUUCCUGAAGAUGAGAUGAGCCACGGUGAGGGUGAGGAGGAGAGCGAUAUCUUUGCCAUCCGGGAGGUCAGCUUCCAGCCGGAGGGAGAUUCAGACUGGAAGGAGACCAGUUACACUCUCAACACAGACUCUCUGGACUGGGCUCUGUAUGACCACAUGAUGGACUUCUUGGCUGAACGCGGGGUCGACAACACCUUUGCUGAUGAGCUCACGGAGCUGAGCACGGCCAUCGAGCAUAAGGAGUACAUCAAGUUCCUAGAAGAUCUGCAAAGCUUUGUCAAUUGCAAAUAGUGUCAAAAGAGAUUGUCAUAGCUGUUAGUGUGCAAUCUGACGAGGACGGUGGUAAGACGCAGUGAAGCACUCGGUGAUGGAUGGAUCUAAAACCACAAAGAGACUGAGUUGGUGUGUGGGAAUGUUGCUUUUUUAUUAUGGCUUAGUUUAAACCAGAUCAUUUAAAUUUGUCUGGACAUCAUCAUGACAGUUGUCAGAAACCAUCCUUGCUCUCGAUUUUGCAGAACCUGACUCAGCGGUGGAUGUUUAAUGUGACCUGAUCAGAGUUUUCCUUUAAUGGCUUUUUUUUUUUUGUGUUCCGUUUCCAAUCAUCAUGUCUUCCCCCCUCGCUGGCCAGGGAACAGAGUUCUUGCUGAGUGGUUGUGGUUUGUCAGAUUCAGAAGGUCUGGUAAUGGAUGUUCUGUAGUGUGAAGCUGGAAAUACUGUUCAAUAAACAAUUUGAUACCCAAAUGUAAA